GGAGAUUUCUACAGACGCCUAUUUUUUUUUUGUCUCGCUUUGAUGAGGUGUUCUUCCGCGGGAAAAUAAAAAAGAAAAGUAAGCAGAGAUGACAGCGGCUGUGUUCAAGCGUCAACAAUAAAACUGUGAAUAAAAUGUAUUAGGAAUGCUGCGAGAAGAACUGGCAGCCCAUUCAAUAGAAUGUUUUGUCCAGAGUUUAUUGCAUUGUACACUCACCAGAAGACAAAGAAGGCAAAGACAUGGCAAGAUGGAGUUUUAAAGAUAAGCUGUGAUGGAAAUAAGGCAACAUUAUUUGACCAGAAAGGACAGAAACUGGAUGCUGUGUAUCUCAGAGGUCAAAAGGUAAAACCAGGAGAUGAUUUGGAAAGUGACAGAUAUUUGAUCACGGUGGAGGAAGAGAAAAUUACUGAGAACAGCUCCUCUGAUCAGCAUGGGCCCAAAGAGAUUUCUAAACAAAAUGGAAGGCUCUAUCCUCCAGUAAUUACUAGGCAACAUCUACCUGUGGGAUUGAAAAGAAAAUAUACUGGAUACCAGGGUCCACACCAAAUUCAGAAGAAACCAGCAACUGAGGAAAAUGAAGUGUCAAGUCUCAUAUCUCAGCAUAACCUCUCAUCCAGUUUAUUCCCGUCUCAUUUGUAUAACACAUCACCUUUGUUUUCUAUCAAAUCUCCUACCACUUUAGCCACAGGUUUUCGUGACAAUACCUUUAGUGCGAAUGUAAAACCUGAGCAACUGGAGCAGAAUCUCUCAGCCCCCUCCUUACCUGCACCCGUAGUUGUCUCUUUACCUAAAAAAACAAACAAUAAACAGAGACACUACGAUUAUCCUGAAGCUAGACACCAACCAUGUAAUGACUUGGCAGACCAAGAAAACACUACAGGAGUUAUCCAGAUAACAGAUGAAAACUAUCAGCCCACCCAUACAAUAUCUAAAGGCAUAAGAAGUAAAGCACAGAUUUUAGCACUACUUGGAUCCAACACAUCAAAUGUUGCAGCUUUGAAAACAUCAAGUACUGGGCAACACCAGCCUUUAAAAGAUACAUCUGGUCCUGCAGUGUUUACUAAUCAAAACAGUCAACACCUAGCUCAGGAUACCCGCUCAACUGAUUUGGACCAUGUGACACUGGAAACUAUAGAUACCAUUGUUACAAGCAAUUUAGAGGCCAAAAGCUGCUGGAAUUCCUAUUUUCUAGAUGUGUCAACGGAACAGGAACAGGAACAUGAAGGAAAUGACCAACAAAAUACUAAGCAACGUCCACAAGACCUGUCUUGUGAUCUCAUUAGUCACAAUAACAAUACUCUUGCUCAGGCUCCUGCCCAGUCUUUAACAGAGAAUAGAUUUAAACAAUGGGAGGGUUAUAAUGCAAUUCCAUGUAGAAGUCGUUGGAAAGAAUUUUUGCCAGACAAGAAACAAGACAACGAAGAAUGCUUAUCUCCAGAUCCUGAAUCUUUGGGAAACAACAUGCCUGUUUUUCAAACCUCAGCUCCACCACCACUUGAUUAUCUUCAGGAGGACUCGGAGGAACUGGCUGCAAUAGAGCUCAUUGAUAAAAAUAUUUGUCCUACACAAAGGCCCUCAUACCAUAAUACGACUGAGAAUGUAUUCACACUAGAUAAUAAAUUAGUGAAGCCAGUCCUUGUGGAAAUGUCAGAAAAGUUACAAUUGACAGGCACUGAGAAUAAAGAGUGUUUUGAAGAACAGUCUAGUUCAGCUACAGCUUGCAGUCCAGACAAGGAAGACCUCCCUUGUCUAAACUUUAAUCUUCUGGAUGGCUUUGACCUGGGUGAUAUGGAAGAAGAUGAAGUGCAGGCAAGUUUGCCUUGUACAGUUUUAUCAGAUCCAACAGCUGGAGAUGGAGGAUCUAAUUCUCAAGACUAUGAAGACAAGAGUUCAGGGGUCAUAGAGGAAAAGGUUCUGUCUGAUCCAUUUAAAUUGGAUGACGAUCUGUCUGUAGGGGAUGGUAGAUAUAACAAGAGUUUAUUCCACAGCCAAAAGCCCCAAGCUGGCUUUCUUGUUCUGCAGACUCUGAAUCAACACAGUGGUAGCAGUGUGUCAACAGGUUCAGGAAUCAAUAGGGAUGCUAGAACCAGUUCUGCAUUCAGGCUGAGAGCCCCGAUAGUCACUGCUCCAUUGGCAGCGAGUUGUGCUGAAGUACCUCCCGACUCUGAUGUCUUUUCAGAUGUAAAUGAGUGCAACGAGGUUGAACAGUGCUCUGCAAUUUCCUCCUUGAACAGCCUCCACGAGCACUCACCUAGCCUUUCUCUUGGCAGAGUCAGGCCUGGGGACAUGAAAAGCAAAAACGCCUUCUGCAAAGAGACCAUUGAAGCAAGCACACAGGAACCUACAUUGUCAACAAUACGCAAUGUGACUUCCCAGGGCAGACAAAGUAAAUGGCUGAAGUAUCAAAACACUUCCCCAUCUGAUCAAGUUGCUCAAAACAGAGGUGAAUGGUGUGGAACGGCACAGGAUGGGAGUGGGGAGAGAAAGGAGGCUGUGAUGCAGAGAAGCGCUGCUGCAGAUUGUCUUAACAUCAACCGGAUAAAAGAGACACUGGUUAAACAGCAGAGACCUGUUAACGGACAAGGUGUAAUUGAAGGGAAUCGCAUCCAUUCCCUAAAUUCAGGCCCCACUUACCCAGACUAUAAGCAGCAGGGUGCCUCAAGAGCACAGAGGGGGUCCAGUGUUUUUCAAGAUUCUCAGAGUCUUCACAGAGCUUUGUCAAAAGUCGAUAUAUCCUCGUAUACCUCAGUGAAACCAGGCAGAGAGGACAAGCAGGGCAGCUUUGUUCCUUUCUGUCAGCACCAGCAGCCUUCCAAACUGGUCAUGGUAAAGAAGGAGGAUGAUCUCUGGGUUGUAUCAAAAACACUGUUGUUUGACCCCUUAGACACUUUUAUUGAUUGUAGCGCUUUCUUUGGACCAUCCUCAAGCAAUGAAAUGGAGAUUAUGCCUCUAAAGGGAUACUGUCCAUCAAACUGGCCCUCAGACAGAGUCUAUGGAGCUGGGAAGAGUUACUUGCUGGCAGUGAUUGUUCUCUUCCUGGUGCAUCUCUUUGCUGAAAUCAAGGCUGCUGAUGGCCCAAGACGGACUUCGUGGAAACUUCUCAUCUCUUCCUUUACUAACGUAGCUGUUGACAGAGUACUUCUUGGGCUUCUAGAUCUUGGGUUUGAUAGAUUCAUCAGAGUUGGAAGCGUAAGGAAAAUUGCCAGACCUAUCUUACCACACAGUCUGUAUGCAGGGAGUGACAGUGAGCAGCUGCGGGAGCUGCAGACCCUUCUGAGAAGGGACCUGAGCAACAUAGAGAAGGUUUAUGUGAGGAAGAGUAUUGAACAGCACAAACUGGGCAGAAACAAGGGGCUGCUAAAGGAGGUGCAGGUGGUAGGAGCCACCUGUGCAGCAUACACAUUCCCUUGUAUGAAUACCCUGACAUUCCCUGUGGUCGUUCUAACAGCUGAACUUUACAUUUUGCUGCUGAUUGCUUACUUUCCCAGGUUUGGAUGCGAGAAGCUGGUACUUGUUGGUGAUCCAAAGCAGCUGCCACCCACCAUCCAGGGAUCUGAAGGUGCUCAUGAAGCUGGAAUGGAACAAACUCUGUUUGACUGCCUGUGUUUGAUGGGAUAUAAACCUGUACUGUUGAGGACUCAGUACAGAUGCCAUCCUGUAAUCAGUGCAAUAGCUAACAGCCUUUUCUAUGAUGGUGCUCUCAUUGAUGGUAUCACAGAUUCAGAUUGAAGCUCUCUGCUGGAUUGGUUACCAACUCUAUGUUUCUACAGUGUUAAAGGAACAGAGGAGAUACAAAACGAUGGCAGUUUUUACAAUAUUGAAGAAGCUCUCUUUACUCUCAAGCUUAUCCAGAGUUUGAUUGCCAGUGGAAUAGAGGGGUCAAUGAUUGGAGUGAUUACAUUAUACAUGUCUCAAAUGGACAAGGUUAGUAAACAUGCUAAGAACAUGCAUUACUGUGGCAGUAAGCAUGUCCAGGUGUCCACAGUGGAUGCUUUUCGAGGAGCAGAAAAGGAGAUCAUUGUUUUGUCCUGUGUCAGGACCAAACAAGUGGACUCUGAGAAGAGAAUGAAUGUGGCGCUGACCAGAGGGAAGAGGCACCUGUAAAUAGUGGGAAACCUGUACUGCCUUCGCAAGAACAAGCUCUGGGAAAGGGUGAUUUGUCACUGUGAAGGAAGAGACAGUGGAUUUAAGCAUUCUUAUCAACUUGAGGGGCAGCUGGACAGCAUCAUGAAAGCUUACCUGGACAAGAAGAAUGAAGAAGCUAAAGCAAAGAAGGGCCCCAAAACCAAAAAACACUCUCAACCACAAAAUGAGGUCAAUUGUGUUGGCAAAUAAUGCUUAUUACAUGCA